ACAGUAAGCACAUCAACUCUUGCCGGAUCUACGCCACCUAUAGAUGCAAACUUUGAUUCUGAGCGUCCCCAAAAAAACUCUUUGAUCACCGGCCCUGAGGCUUCCCCAACUAGCAUUUCGAACACAUCCUGCUUGACCAGAGGCUGCGACAAAGACGACAAAUUUGAUAAUCAAUCUGGCCCUUUCUCAUUGGCACAGCAGAUUUCUCAGCGUCUGAUCAGCUGUAAGCCCUGGUUGCCGCCAACGCGUGAUGAAAUCGAGACGGUGUUCACUUAUGUAUGGCUUUCUGCCUGCUGGCGUGCCCCAUGUUUCAGUGAUGUCUCAGAAAAGAAGAGUGUUGUUAAUUACUCUCUACACAAUUAUAUUCUUGGUGGCUUCCGGCAGUAUGCUGAAUCUGACCUUCCUUUUAAUGAAGAAGCUUUUACUCGUGCUCUUAACGAUUAUCCUACAAAGCGGCUCCAAAUUGUCUUGGACAGGAUGUUUGACAAAAGGAUUCUCAGUCGUCAGAAGUUUACAGAUGUAAGCUAA